AGGCAACGUUGUUCCCUCAUGACUGUUCUGUAUGUCAGUGUGCGCUACGUUGGAAUAUUAUAUGCUGGCACUACCAUGCUGUCAGGUAUCCCGUCACUUAAGAUGGCAGAUGCAGGCAAUAUUAUGGUCUUCGCAUUAUUUUGGGCGUCUCCGGUGGUAGAUACCUUGCUAGGUGGUGAGCUACUCAGCUGAUGUAUCUCAGUGACAUUGACUCGACUGAAAUAUCAUACAAGUCAUCAUGGUCACUCGGUUAUAUGCCAUGUAUCAGCGAUCCAGAAAGAUGCUCAUCCUUUUUGUUGUACUCUUCCUGGCUGUCACAAU